ACGAUUGAUACACAUUAUGGGUACAUACCUCUACUGAUAUGCUGCUUUACGACUGGCCUGCUCGAUAGUGUGAGCUAUAACAAUUGGAGUGUGUUCGUGGGAAUGCAGACUGGGAACACUGUCCUACUUGCCCUUUCAACGGCGUCUCUUCCGGCGACUCAGCGAUACGCGUAUGCAACUACGCUUGUUUCAAUCGGAUCGUUCAUCCUAGGCGCAUACUCAACUUUCGUGAUCUCGCGGCGAACCAACUCACUGAGUCGGAUCUUCAUCAUGUUCUCCUUUAUUGUUCAAUCUGGUUUCCUCAUUCUUGCUGCCGUUCUUGCAACCGCUGGUCUGGUCCCCGAGGAUCUUCAUGGACGUGGUGUCAAUGUCAGUAAUAUCAGAAUCCUGACAGCGCUGCCACCGCUUGCUUUCCAAUUUGGCAUUCAGAUCGCUACAAGCAGGAUCCUUGGAUUCAACGAAUUACCCACCAACGUGUUGACCAGCGCCUACGCCGAUGUAGCAGGUGAUCCCAAGCUAUUCUCUUUGGCUUGGAAUGCGAAGAGGGAUCGGAGGAUAGGCUCAAUUGUACUGAUUCUGGGCGGAGGCAUUUGCGGAGCGUGGAUGAUGAGGAAAGGAGUGAAUCUUUACGUUCCACUCUGGAUUGCAGCUGGACUGAAGCUCCUCCUUGCU